UGACAACCUGGAAGUGCAGUAACGAAGGGUUAUCAAAUACUGGAGGUAAGCAUUAUCGCAGGGAGUACAUAUGCAGUGACCAAUCACAAUGCAGUCCACCCUUCCCUCUCCCGCAAGACUAGCCCUCGCAGCCCUCGCCCUCCUCAGCGCCGCCAAUGCCUUCCUACAGCCCAUCACCCCGCCGACAGGCCCCUUCCACGUCGGCGUCAGCAAGCACGUCAUCCCCUUCGUCAACCCGGACGACCCCUUCGCGCCCGGCAACGUCACAACCUCGUACCUCGCCACCGUCUACUACCCUACCCUCGACAAGCCCCUCUGCCCGCCCGUGCCCUACCUGCACCCAGACACGGCGCGCAUCUACGGCGGCCACUACGGCCUGCCGCUCGAUAAGCUAAGCGCCCUCACCGCCCCGGCCCUGCGCUGGGGCGCAACGCCCGCGCCCGCGGCGGCCGUGGCCGGGCUGACGGGCCGCAACUACUCGACUCUGAUCUGGGGCCCCGGCGGCCUGGGCCCGGCGACCGAAGCGUACACGGCGCUGCUGUCGGACCUCGCGUCGCGCGGCUACGCCGUCGUCGGCAUCGACCACCCGUACGAGCAACCCUUCGUCUGGUACCCCAACCCGGCCCUCCCCGGCGGCGGCGGGCCUUGGCACCUAGGGCCGGGCCUCGUCGGCACGCCGACCGACCUGCAGCCCACCGAAGCCGAGAUCCUACAGCUGUACGCCGUGCGCCUGCGCGAGAUGCUGCACUUCACCGAAGCCGGCUGGCCCGCGCUCGUGGCGCAGCAGGGCUGGCCGUUCGCCACCACGGGCAUGGGCGUCGCGGGCCACUCGUUCGGCGGGGCGCUGGCGCUCGACGUAGCGGGCAAGACGGGCGCGGGACUAACGGCUGCGGCCAUGAACCUCGACGGGCUCAUCUACGAGCCGGCGCAGGACGCGCGCAAGCCGCAGGUGCUGUUCGGGUCGUACCUGCACGUGGCCGGCGACGACCCGGCCGAGGCCGACGUGAGCUGGAGCCGGUACUCGAGGGCGCAGACGGGCUGGUGGCGGCGGACGCUGGUCAACGACUACGGGCAUUCCGACUGCUCGGAUGUGGCGCUGUGGAAGGAGCUGGGCCCCAACAAGAUAUCCAACUUUUCCGUGGGCGGCAUCCUUGGCGAGAGGGCGGUCGAAAUCACCAGGGGGUUUGUGGGUGCCUUUUUCGACCGGUUCGUAAGGGGCAUUGCGGAUAAGAAGGGGGUGCUAGACAACCCGGGCAAGGUCUACAAGGAGGUGGAUCUGCUGGGUGGUAGCGAUGGAAACAGUAGCACGACGGCUUGAACAAGCUACCAGCUGAUGCUAGAAGGCCUAAUGUUUGGGUCCUUGGUUUGAAAAUCAUCAAUCAUUUCCUCAUACUAGAUAUAUAUACCUAGCUGACUCUCUAGAUCCUUAAACCGCUUCAAAUGGCGAGAAUCCAACCUAUCAACAUCAAACAGCGUAGCCACCCGAGCUCUU